AAUGCCAUCUUCGAAAGAAGGCCACGGAAGAAGAUUAACGCUACACACGCCACCAUUUUGUGGGCAUUGCUGCUUGUGCAGUUAGAAGAGACGGUUCUGUGUAUAAGAUUAUAAAAUUCUUUAAAUAAAUUCACACAUCAAAAACACAAAAAAUGUCACGUUAUCGUGAAUGGGAUCUUUCGUGCAAGGUAUAUGUCGGCAACCUGGGAAAUAGUGCAAGCAAACACGAAAUUGAAACUGCAUUCAGUAAAUACGGCCCACUUAGGAAUGUGUGGGUUGCUAGAAAUCCACCUGGAUUUGCCUUUGUAGAGUUUGAAGAUCCACGUGAUGCAGAAGAUGCAGUUAGAGGAUUAGAUGGAACACGUUGCUGUGGAACCAGAGUAAGAGUAGAAAUGUCUUCAGGAAGAAGUCGACGAGGAGGUGGUGGGCGUAGACCCGGUCCAAGAUACUCCAGGUCCAGAUCUCGAAGUCCUCGAAGGAAAUCGUUGGGUCGUUAUCCAAGGUCCUGGUCAAGAAGUCCGCGCAGAUCACCGAUAAGCCGAUAUUCCAGGUCAAGGUCCCGUAGCCCUCGCAGAAGAUCUCUGACUCGUAGCCGCAGCCGAGACCGCCGUUCUCGUUCGGAUUCCCGUGAUAGACGUUAGGUGCUAAAAGUGUUCGAGAGAACGGACCGACAAAAUGUGCCGGAUGGAAGACAAAAAAGAAACUCGAUUUUAUAUGUAAAUAUACGAAAGAAAACAAAAAAAAAUAUAAUCGUUACCACGCGUACAUACUCGGACGAAGCAAUGAUAAUAAAGAAUUUAAAAAGACAUUUGUAAGAGAUAUGGAAAAAAAAUGAACAGACACGUACAGAAUGUUUAGUAUUUAAGCUGUUAACUUUCUACACGCAUCAGACUUCACGUACGUGUGUAAUAUUAACAUUAAGACACUUAAACACGCGUGUGUUACGCAUACACCACGAACACACAUACAAAUUGCAUUAAUUCAUACACACACACUGAUGCAGUAUACACGCAUCCAAAAUUUUUGUGACAAGGGCUAUCAAGUGCGUUGAAUCAACGAAAUGUGCUCAUUGCUUUUUAAAGUGUACGAGUGAAAAGGAACAAGAAUUAAGUUACAAUUAAGAACGAUUAUAAUGAUAAAACAACGGUUAGUGUUGUCUCGACUUCAAGAUCGACUAAAGGGCCAGACAGACAUUUUGCUGUGAAGAAAAGUUACUGGAGAAAGAGAAUCGUCGUUUUAUGUUGUAUUAUUUUGUACUCUUACGAAUCUAAGACUUUAAAAUAAAAGCGUAUCGUAUAA